AUGCUAGCUACUCUCCAAGUAAGUAUUUCGCUCCAUGAUAUUUUAGAACUCAUGCCUAAAUUUGUUAAAUUUAUGAGGGAAUUACUAAAGGGGACGAAAGAGGAAGCAGUCAAGGAGCAUGUAGAUAUGACUGAAAAGGAUGAAAUGGUAAUAUCUCAAGCUUUGCCACCAAAAUUAAAAGAUUCAGGUAACUUUACUAUUUCUUGCAAUAUCGGUAAGGUGAAUAUUCCACAUGCUCUUUGUGAUCUUGGAUCUAGCAUAAAUGUCAUACCACUAAAAACUGUAAAAGACUUGAAAGUGGGUGAGAUCACAUCGAGUAACAUGACUCUCACUCUAGCUGACUCAGUUGUUACUCAACCGGUUGGAUUUUAUGUGACGUUGCUGGAUACAAAAGGAGAUUCAGGAGGAUCAGUUAUUCUUGGACGACCAUUCUUGGCGACCGAGAAAGCAAAGAUUGAUGUAGAAACUGGUGAACUUAUCUUAAAGUUCAAUAAAAAGAAAGUUGUUUUUAAGGUGUAUAAUCGGACACCGUAUGUUGAGAAUUUGGAUUCUUACUAUCACCUGGAGGAAAAAGGUACCAAGGUAGAUAAAGGACAAUCAAGAAGUGAAACGACCGACGUGAGGGUAUCCCUUGUGUCUGACGUGUUUUGA